UCACAUUUCUACGCAUACGCAUAGUCUCUUGGUCAAGCUAGCUGCACCGUUCGGCUGACUGCAGCUCUUUAAUACCAAUCAUGCAACCCAGGUUCGCUAGAUGAGGCCGCCAUCGAUAAGCGUCCUUGCAUAGAUAGCUUCGCCUCAUCGUCCUGAUAUAACCUUCUCGCCUUCACAUCCCACCAUCCGCUGUAGCGAUCCAGAGGGGUGCGUGUGUGUGACAUGCCUCAGAUCUCUGGUGCUUGUGGGUGACCUCACCUCUGUCAGUCUCAAUCAGCCUGCAUUACAUCAACCACCAGGCGGUUUCUUCGCCAUGUCCUCGUCGGAGGUCACCAGUCCUCAGGCGGUCGUCCCUGCAAUCAUUCCUACAGUAAGCGAAUCCACCGGACCUCGAAAGAGAAGGAAAAGGGCAACUGCUGCUGGCGCCGCCGACGACUGCUUUACAUGUGCCACUCACAACCUCCAAUGCGACCGCAGACGGCCAUUCUGUUCUCAGUGUUUGAACCAUGGCCGAGAUUGUGCAGGUUAUAAAACGCAACUCACAUGGGGCAAUGGUGUAGCGAGCAGGGGCAAGUUGCGCGGCCUCUCGCUACCCAUCGCAGGAACGACCAAACUUGCCCCGCCUCAAUCGCCAGAGAGAUCGAAGCGUAGGGAGUCGCAUGCUUCACCCACCCACCAACGCCAAUCGUCCUUACCACACCAAAUCCGACUGACGUCUAUACAGCCAUUCAAUAGCCAUGGCCUCCCUCAAUGCUCCUCGCCGCAUAGUCUUGAACCAGUCCUUGUUUCACCUCGUCACCAUGUGCCAUAUCCCAGCGCCUCCUGGUCGACCACAGUGCCACCGGAAACAGCACCGACUCUACCUCGAGCCAUUAAGCCAGAUCCUAUCAACUUGACAUACUCAAACCCCACAUCCUUUCCUUUGAUGUCACCGCCGGAAGGUUUCGCUCUCUCCUGCAGGCCUACAUCUAGCAGUGCUUACAAUAUGUCUGCCAUGGUAUCACCAGUACCAUACUCUACUCCCCCCGAAGACACGCUCCAUUUCGGCAGGAUGAUGAGCCACGGCUCCAUGGGUAUUCCAACGCGGAUUGCAUCAUUUCCCCUAUCUCCUCCACUUGUUCCCCCAUACGAGACCUUCUCUCCCAUUGUGUUUCACGACAGUGCACAAGCUCAUGUACAACCAUAUCAAGAAGAAGCGACUCAUGGUCUGGGCAUCAAUUACCAGCUUGGUUCUGAACCAAAUCUUGUGCCGCACAGUCAAGCGCGGGACGAUGUUGUGGCAACGCUCGAAGUGAAGGAAACUGAUGAUUCGCGUGUGAUCGUCGAGGAAGAGUUUCCUGCCACCCUAUCGCAACUAUCUCGAACUUUCCGCCCCUCGGUGUCCCGUUUGGCAGGAAUGGGUGCCAUCGGUUCUACGCACCGGAUGCAAUAUCUCAUCAAUUAUUAUACCCAGGUGAUCUCACCGGUGAUAGUGGCAUUCGACGGGCCUUCGAAUCCUUAUAGGACGAGGAUUCUGCAGCUCGCCGCCAGUAGUGAGACGUUGCAACAUGCCAUUGCCGCGCUCGCAGCAAGUAACCUGAGACAGCGGAUCGAGAGCGGGGCCUUGUCUCCCGGUAGAACGGCGCCGGCUCGACAGUCAUCCAUGGCUCAUCAGACUUUGACAACAGAAGCUUGGAAGGAAUCUGGAUUAUUGUCCCCGCAGGAGCAGGCCAGAGAAGAGUCAUUUCACAAAAGAUUCGCGAUCAGCUCUCUGAACAAGCAACUUUCCGAUCCUCUCCUUCGCAUGGACGAUUCCAUUCUGGCCACUCUGUUAAUGCUGUGCCUUUUCCACAUUUGUGAUUCUGGGGUCGCCAAAUUCCAAACACAAUUCACUGGUGUCAAGAAGCUUCUCAGUCUGCGCAAAGCCGACCCGAGGUGGGAUUCAGAGAGCACGCUGUGGAUCACCAGAAUGUUCACAUGGUUCGAUGCCAUGACUGCCACGGUCAAUGACCGCGAAGGACAAUUGUGCGGUCCCUAUAUGGACCUGACGACUUUGUCCCAGGAGGAGUGGGCAUUGGAGAAUCUAGCCGGGUGUGACGGCCAACUCUUUCAGAUCUUUUCCAGACUCGGCCGCCUUAAUGUGCUGAGUCAAGGCAACUCCGUCAUGGAAGCACCCACCAUUGUCUCCAAACCAAUGCCGCAGCAACAAUCAGGUGUUCAAUUCGGAUUCAACAUGGAACACGACUACAGCAACUUCGACGGCAAUGGUUGGAUACGGUUUGUUGAAGAUGAGGUCGUCUUCUCCAGCAAGACUGCCGACGACGGGAGGCAUAUACAAUUUUGGCGCGAAUGGCGCGAAAUUAGACAUGCUCUACAGCUGUGGGAGCUUGAUCCCCGAAUGAUCGACGGGACCAGCUCUCAAUCGCCAUCUCUCACCGUGGAGCAGCGGUAUGACCUCGCCAACAUCUCCGAGUCAUUUCGCUGCUCCGCGCUGCUGUACACAGAGCGACUUGCCAACCCGACUGUACCCAGCACAGCCCCGUGCAUCCGUGUCUGGGUCCAGCGGUGUCUGCACUACAUCAAAGCAGUUAAAUCAGAUGUGUAUCUUUUAUGGCCACUCUUCAUCGUGGGAAGUGAAUGCGUCGACACCGAAGACCGUCGUGUAAUCCGCGAACGGUGUUUAGACAUUCAGAAGGACAGUGGAUUUAUGAAUAACAAAAGUUGUUUAGAGCUCUUGGAGAAAGUGUGGAGGAAAUUCGACGAAGAACAAGACAGGAGAAGUCAUGAAACGGGCCAGGAAGAUGCCUUAGAUGCCUUGGAGUCUGGUUUCAGAUUUUCGAGGAUCAUGAAGGCCGAGAAUAACGAAGGCGAGUAUAUAGUCGUAUGAUUGAGCGACAGCCUCGGUAAUUAGCGCAUGAAACACAUACG